GAGGUGAUGGGCGGCGCCUCGCAGUCCGGGGGGGUUCCUCAGGUGGGAAGGUGUAUAGUAGGAGGACUCACUGUCAAAGCUGCAGCAUGAGCUCGGGAACGCCGUACAUCGGGAGCAAGAUCAGCCUGAUCUCCAAGGCGCAGAUCCGCUAUGAGGGCAUCCUGUACACCAUUGACACCGAGAACUCCACUGUGGCCCUAGCCAAAGUACGUUCCUUUGGAACAGAAGACCGUCCGACUGACAGGCCAGCACCCCCUCGCGAAGAGGUAUACGAGUAUAUCAUCUUCAGGGGCAGUGACAUUAAAGAUAUUACUGUGUGUGAGCCACCCAAGGCCCAGCAUGCCUUGCCCCAGGAUCCAGCCAUUGUCCAGUCAUCGUUGGGCUCUGCUUCAACAUCGUCAUACCAGUCGUCCGUGCCUUACAGUCCGUUCCGUGGCAUGCCAACAUAUGGUCAGCUGGCAGCUUCCUCCCUCCUGAGCCAGCAGUAUGCUGCAUCCUUGGGCCUUGGAGCCAACUUCCCAUCCGCUCCAGUACGGAAGAGUCCAAUGGUGGAACAGGCGGUCCAGACAGGUCCGGUGGAGAAUCUGGCACAGAAGAAGCUCCAGCCGCCCAGAGGACCCCCUGUAAGCCAGCGAGGGAACAGACCAGGCCAGGCACCGGGACAGGCAUCGGGCCAGGCACCAGCACAGCCUGUACAUAUUAAUGGUAAUGGAGAAAUGAAUGACGAGAACAGACGACCCCCCAGGCGGAGAUCAGGUAACAGGCGGACAAGGAACCGUUCUCGUGGUCAGAACCGCCCAGCGACUGUCAAGGAGAACACCAUCAAAUUUGAUGGAGACUUUGAUUUUGAGAGUGCAAAUGCUCAAUUUAACCGUGAGGAACUGGACAAGGAAUUCAAAGAUAAGCUUAGCUUCAAAGAUGACAAGCCAGAGAAGGAGGGAGACGAGAAGGGAGAUUCUGGUGUGGAAACACAAAAUAGUGAUGGGACCCCGGAGGAGGAAGCCUUGGGACCCAAUAUUUAUUACGACCGUUCAAAGUCGUUCUUUGAUAACAUCUCUUCAGAGAUGAAAUCCAGACGAACUACAUGGGCAGAGGAGAAAAAACUGAACACUGAAACCUUUGGGGUCUCCGGAAGGUUCCGUCGAGGCCGCAGCUUCCGUGGUGGCUUCAGAGGAGGUAGGGGCGGUACAGUUCCUCGAAGAACCCAGGCGCAGAGGGCCGGCACUGGGAGAGUGUAAAGACCUCUGCCACCACCAUGCACNGAUUGGGUUCUUGUGUCCCUAGACUGACCUGUCUUCCAUAAGUUUUCUUCCCUGACGCAUUGUAGCAGUCCUGUAACCCUGCGCCGGCCGGGCUUCAAUCCUGCCAUUGCUUUUCAUCCAUGUAAUGCUGUAUAAGCCACAGAGCAGACUUGACACAAGAGCUUGUGCAUAUAGGAGGAAUGAUCAAUGCUGAGACUGGGGGGGACGGUAUGUGGCACUUUAGUUGAGGUGAGCAGUUGUUUGUUUUUCCCCUAAGAGAAAAAGCAAUCUCCUUACGAUUACUUUUUAACAUUCCCUUUAUUUCGGCAGGAUAUAUUCCCCCUUCUAGUGGGGGGGAGUUUUAAUGCCCUUUGGUCUGCGCUCAGAUGAGCGUCAUGCUCACCAUUUAAGCACUUAUUUUUUUUUAUUUUUUUUUGGUGGGAGGCCAUCCAAGCUUUUGACUUGAG